UGCCUGCGUCGCUCGAGAGUCGUCCAACGACCAACACGAUUGACGAUUACGCGAAGCUGAGUACCGAGUUGGGUGCAGUAAAAGUGAGCUCUCUCCUCGGCAUAUCGUGUGUAUAAAUUCUAAAUUUCUGUUGUGUUCCACAAAAAAUGUCAAUAACGACAAUUAUUUUGUCAGAUGUGACGUCAAGCUUAAAUAUUUUAUGUGGUACGUUUUAAUCAAAAUAAAUAAUUGGAGUAGGACGCUUGCUCAAAAGCUAGUAUGAUAAAACGAGCUCUAUUGUGAAGAACAUUAAGGUGAUGUUUGUGUGUUUGCUACAAAUUAAAAGUUAUGACUAAGUAUUGGUGGCAAUGCUAACUUGUGAUAUGAGCUAUAUUUUGAUAGAGAAUAUAUGUGUGAUCAUGAUGGGCUGGAAAAUGCGAUCCAACGACAAUCGGUGAAGGUGGAAGCUACAGUGUUUGUAACAGAUAACAAUGGAUGGAGAUAGUUCAACUUUUCAAAAAGUAGACUGUAGCACUGCGCCCAUAAUGGAAGACAGAGAAGAGGCAGUUCCACCUGUGAUAAUUGAAGAAAAUUGUGUCAGUGAUGUAAAUAGUGAAGAUCUUAGUAGUAAUGAUGAACAAAACGGUGGCAGUGUUUCUCAGUUUUAUGAGAGUAGUGAUAGUAAAGUAGAUUAUGCUGUAAAAAUAGAUGAUAAUGACACUUUAAGUGACGUAGAUGAUAUCAAAACAGACACUGCGUCAGCGGAUAGUGAAGAUUCCGCUUUGGGUAGUCUUCCACCUGAUUCUACACUUAACGAUAGAGAAGAAGAUGCACAAGAUAGGUCAGAUGGAAGCGAUUCCGGCCUUGGAUCAGAGACAGUAGAAGAUGCGAAGUUACCAUGUUUUGAUUUAGCAUUGCCGUCUACAAGUGACAAUAAGAAUAAUAACACCGAAGAAGAUGCUAAACCUUUAAAAAAUAUAGAACAUAAGGAGACCCUUCACCGUGAGAACAGUGAAAAAGAAAAAACGCAUACACCUCUUAAGAGCAGUCUAAAAAGAAAAUUACAAGACGACGAAAACAAUUUAGAACCAUUUCAUAAAAAACGAAAAGAAGGAAUAAAAUUCGACAAUGUCACAGUGUUUUAUUUUCCAAGAGCACAAGGCUUUUCUUGUGUGCCAUCUCAAGGUGGGUCUACAUUGGGUAUGGAAUGGCAACACACACACAUACAGAUGUUUACUUUGGCCGAACACGCCCUGGAACAAAGAAGAUUACAUCGACAGCUAUUACAGCAACUGAAAAAUGAAAGACAUUCUAUGUCUGGUGUUUCACUGUCCUCCAGUGAAGAUAGUGACACAGAAGAAGAAGCAAGUGAUAUAUCCGAAUCAGAAUUAGAUUUAGAUAGCUAUUAUUUCUUACAACCAGUACCUACGCGGCAGAGACGAGCGUUACUUCGAGCAGCAGGUGUGAGAAAAAUUGAAGGUUACGAAAAAGACGAAUGCAGAGAUAUCAGAACGUCACGGGAGUUUUGCGGAUGUGCAUGUAAAGGCGUCUGUAAUCCAAAUAGUUGUUCAUGUAGCUUAGCUGGUAUUAAAUGCCAAGUUGACAGGCUUAAUUUUCCGUGUGGUUGUAGUAGAGAUGGAUGUGGAAACACAACAGGGCGUAUCGAGUUCAAUCCUAUAAGAGUGCGAACUCAUUUCAUUAAUACUCUCGUGAGAUUGGGACUUGAAAAAAAGAAUGAAGAAAGCCAAGAAGCAAAACGCCAAUGGGUAGCGCACGCUAUGACCAGUGCUCCACAAACUAUAUCUCAUGUAUCAUAUGAAAAAGAGCACUGCCACAAUAUUCAAAGUACUGCAGUACAUGGUCAUAAUUCUACAAACUCGCAAAUAGAAACUUGUGUAAAUCCAGGGGCAUUUGCCAACAUUAACAAAGAUACCGCGAACACAUCCAGAAAUGGAGAAAAUAAAAAUUUAAAGAAUAAUCAAGACGUACACAUAUUAAAUUUUGAUGACAAAUCUAACCAUAGAAACCUCGACCCCUAUACGUCAAAUAUUCUUCAAGGAAAAGGUCCGCCUUACUCAGUACCUAAUACAAUGAAUUUUAAUAUGUCGAAUAAUUUACAAAGAUAUUCAUGCGAUCUGAAUUACGCUUACGAACGACGUACGGACCACGGUCAUGCUUUUAAAUCAUUACAAAGCUACUCCGCAACAAGCUUUGAGGAAUUCGCUCAGAAUUCCCACAUAUCAAUGUUCAAUCCAUAUGGCCACAUUUACUCAACAGAGUACAUGCAUAAACCUUCAACGAGUAUGUCGGAGCACAAUUUACAAUACCACGACUUGACUCAUAAUAACUACGAAAUUUACAAAAAUAACUGUGAAAGUAGCGAGGACAAAUCAGAUACAAAUUACACAGCCCUAAUGCCAUAUCAAUCUAGCAAUAAGUUGCAAUCGGUAGAUAAUGAUGAGAAUUGGUUUAGUCAGAACACGCUAUUAAACUUGGAUAGUGCUGAACAAACCACACAAGACACUUGUGACGCGUCACAGCCCACGCAAUCUGAUGGAACCACGAAUGAUGUUUCGGAAAAUUUUGGUGAAUUAAUUAAGAAAACUAUGGUAGAGUCUGUUAUUGUGUAGAUGAAUUGUUGUAUUUAAUACUAACUAUCAUGUUAUUAAGUUUUUAAUUAUACUAGUUAAUA